GAUCACCGAUCACGGAAAGAGCCGAAGAUGUCAGCUCGGUCAUGUGAUUAGCUGUGUCCCAAUCACAGGGACAUGUACACUGAUCAUCAGAGCACUGAUGAUCAGUGUGCCCUGAUGAUCAGUGUAGCCCCAGCAGUGCCACCUGUCAGUGUCCAUCAGUGCCAGCUGUCAGUGCUCAUCAGUGCCUCAUGCCAGUGGCCAUCAGUGCCACAUCAAUGCCACAUAUCAGUGCCUACCAGUGCACAUCAAUGCCACAUAUCAGCGUGCCCAUCUGAGCUGCCUUUCAGUGUCACCCAUCAGUGCCAGUCAGUGCCACCUAUCAAUGCCAAUCAGUGCCACCUAUCAGUGCCUCCUCAUCAG